AUGGGAGGCUCCCCUCCUAGCGGAGACACUGUCCGUUCGGUAAAAGACUAUCGUCGACAAGUCGCGACUUCCCAGAAGUGGCCGACUAAACUGACAAGUCAUCUUCCGAUAACCUUCUCACCGGACGACGCUGAAGGAGUUCACGUUCCCCAUAAUGAUCCUCUUCUCGUCGUCCUUGGAAUUGGAGAGUAUGAUGUCACCAAGAUCCUCAUUGACACCGGAAGUUCCGUCGACCUCAUCUUCCGAGGAACUCUACAGAAGAUGGGAGUUGAUCUUGACGACAUAAAAGCGUCUUCCAGGACAUUGACCGGAUUCAAUGGAUCCUCCGAAACUAUCUUGGGAACGAUCCGCCUCCCGGUACGCGCGUGUGGUGUUAUUCGAACGGUUAAGUUUGCCGUUGUAAGCACAAAAGCUCCUUAUCACGCUAUACUCGGCACCCCUUGGCUACACUCGAUGCAAGCCGUUCCUUCCACCUACCACUAG